CAAAUUAUCUGGUCCUUUAAUAAUUAGUUAAUUAGAAUGCAGGCUUGUUUGAGUUCUCAUUUGUAUCUAGUUUGGACUUCAAAUGAUACAUUGAUCAAGACUCUGAACUCAACUUUUCUUCAAAGCAGAAUGAAUAGUAUUUUCAUGCUGGGCCUUAAUUUUGUGAUUGUAUCGAUGAUCAUGACACGAAUUACAUCAGACUCUCAAGCGGAAGAGCUACUAGAACGGUGCACUAGAUUUAAAGUAUCCACAGACCUGUCGACUUUCUUGAGCAGCGUUAACAAGACACUUGAAGAGAUGAGAAAACAACUGUCUAAUGCACACUUUGCGACAGCAUAUGAAAUAGAUGUGUUCGGGAUGGCUCAGUGCAGGAACUAUCUCUCAACCGUAGAUUGUUUGGCUUGCUUUGAUGCUGGAGUCACUCAAAUUAGACGUAAGUGUGAUGCUACAAUGGAUGGAGCGCACUUUAUAUACCAAGGAUGCUUCCUCAGGUACGGAAUUUACAACUUCUACAAAGAGAUAACAUUUGAAAGCCCUGUAUUGGUUUGUAGCUACAAUCAUAGUGUAGCCGAGCCAACUGCUUUCAAUUCAACAGCGCAAGAAUUAUUAACAGAGAUUGCUGCUGCCACACCAAAGAUUAAAAAUUACUUUGCAGCAGCAAAAAGGCAAGCGUUCAGUAGCGGUACAGCACCAACAGUGUAUGCUGCUGCCCAAUGUCUGGAGACUAUAAGCCCGAGUGACUGCAGAAAUUGCUUGGCAAGGGUAUAUACAGACUUGCAAACAUGUCUUCCGCAACCAGGGGGAAGUUCUGUAGAACCAGGUUGUUUUCUCAGAUAUUCUGACAGAUCUUUCUUCGCUGAUAGCAACAUAACCAAUAUCACACCAUACACAGGAGGAGAGAGUUCAAGCUCAAGAAAAACCAUCAUUGGAAUUGUUGGUGGUUUAUGCUUUCUUUUCCUUAUAAUCGCUUCAGUUUUAUGGUUUCGUUUCCAGAAGGCGAAGGUAGCUGAAAGAGGUGAUUUAUUACAAGUAACCAAGAUGCAGGGUACAAUUAUCUACAGUUACAAAGAUUUAAAAUCAGCAACAAAGAGUUUUAGCAAUGAUUACAAAAUAGGAGAAGGAGGUUUUGCAGAUGUAUACAAGGGAAUAAUAAACAAUGGAGAUGUAGUAGCAGUAAAGAAACAUGUUCUGACUUCGAAGAAAGCAAAAGAAGAUUUUGAGGGUGAAGUUAGUCUCAUAAGUAAUAUUCAUCACCGGAAUGUCAUCCGAUUACUGGGAUGCAGUCACAAAGGAUCAGAGCUACUCCUUGUCUACGAAUACAUGGAGAAUGGAAGCCUUGAUAAAUUCUUAUAUGGUGAAAAGCAGGGGACUCUUACCUGGAAACAACGUGUUGAGAUUAUUCUUGGCAUAGCUAGGGGCCUUGCUUAUCUUCACGAAGAAUUUCAUUUGUGUAUCAUACAUAGAGAUAUCAAAUCUAGCAACAUUCUACUCGACGAGGGCUUUCAACCAAAAAUUGCAGAUUUUGGGUUGGCAAGACUCACACGUGAGGAUCAAAGUCAUCUUAGUACUAGAUAUGCUGGCACAUUGGGUUACACAGCACCAGAAUAUGCAAUUCAUGGACACUUGACGGAGAAAGUUGAUACCUAUAGCUUCGGAAUUGUUGUACUUGAAAUCAUAAGUGGCCUUCACUGCACUGACAUGAAGAUUGAUCCUGUCAACGGUUCACUAAUUGAACAUGCCUGGAAGUUGUACGAAGAUGACAAGCAUCUUGAUUUGGUGGAUGAGAAACUUGAUCCAAAUGAGUAUAGUAGAGAAUAUGUUAAAAAGAUGAUACAUCUUGCCUUAAUGUGCACUCAGUCGCCAGCUUAUCAGAGGCCACCAAUGUCUGAAGUUGGUUUGCUUACUAUUGAAGUUCUCUUUAACCAAAGUCCAUUAAGUAUGCCAACAUUGGUCUAACAUAUCAAUAAAUUGACAAGAUUACCAUCAACCAAGCUUAUUAUACUUCAUAAUUUUGCC